AUGGGGACGCGUCUCGGACUAAUAUCAUUCCAGGCCGGCUGUUAUGCCGCGAGGUCCGCCAACGUGCAGACCCCUGGGAGCACCUGCACCGGAAUGGGUGAGGUUUGUACGACACCGACCACUGCAGCUCUUGAAACUACGCCUGCUCCGGCUGUUGAAGAGCUGGGUUACAUAUUGCUUACGAUGCGUUCAACUCCCAUAACGACCUGCCCCCGUAUUUCUCAAGGCCAUGGAUACCACGAUGCUCGUUUGAGCUUCUAUGUUAUACUUCACGGCGAGUUAUAUAGUGUACCACUCGAUGCUUACUGUUCUCUCCACUCUUCGCUUAUCCUUACUGGCAUGGAUAACAGUAUCUUUUCACGAGUUCGCGAUAUCGCGCCUGGAACGCCGAACUCUACUAUGGAUAGAAAAGCCGGCUAA